AUUUUAUUCUCAGAUUCAAACCCACCCCAUCAACACCACCACAAUGCCUUCACCAGACGAGAUAUUCGCCAAUUGGCGCGGAGUAAUUGACAAUGACUUCUCCAAGACUAUCAUCCAUACAUUCAACCUCCCAGACCAAGACGAUUAUGUCUACAGAGCAGAAGGUUUCGCCAUGACAUUGCGCCAGAUCCAGGACCAAAUCGACUCCGGCAAGCUAAAAUAUAAAUAUCAAUCCCAUGGACAGCAAAUAGAGGUCCCCCCCACAGACAUAACCGCCUACACCACCCUCUUCUCCCCCACAAUCUCCCACCCCAAAGCCCUCACCUCCCUCCUCUCCAACGCAAAGAAAGGCUCUCCCCGCGCCACAGUCGCCCAGUACCUCCUCCACUCCCACCAGCGAAUCUGCCCCUUCCAAAUCCCCAAAUCAAAAACCCACAUCAAUCCUUACUACGACCUAUGGGCUCUCUCCUGUCAGGAAACCGCUUUCUUAGGACCGCUCCCCGAUCCGUCGUAUGCGAGUCCUGCUAAUGCGAAACAUACGCAUCCUAUCCUCCCGGUGUUUUAUCACCAUUUCGGGUGUGUGGUGCCGAGCUACGAAGCGCUGUAUAUUAUCUCCCAGCUGGCGCGAGAGUCUGCUGCUGAGGGAGUGAUUGAUAUGGGCAGCGGAAACGGAUACUGGACAUACAUGCUCCGCCGCAUGAACCUCGCCCUGACCGUCACAGCAGUCGACAACAUGGAAAGUGAGUACCGCACCAUGUGGAUCGACGACACCAUCCACACAGACGGCGUGGAGUAUCUCCGCCAGAACGACGGUGGGAAGGGUAGGGUCCUCCUGUUGGUAUAUAUGGUUACUAAAGGGAGGUUUACGGAGAGGGUGGUGCGCGCGUACCGGGGAGAUACGAUUGUGCUUGUGGGAACAAGGAAUGCGAAUCGGUUUACGGGUUUUGGGGAUUGUACUGCUGAGGAGUUCUUUGAGAGGGAGGAGAUGGCUGGGUGGGAGUUGAGUUGUAAGGUUGCGGUGCCGAGUUUUGCGGGGAAGGAUGAGGGCUUGUUGGUUUGGAGGAGGAGGAGGGAGGUGUGAGAUAUAAUCUAGAGGCUCCCGGUUAUAGAACUGGAAGGGAUUCCUGUUUUUGCACUCACUGACUUGUACGUGGGAGACAUGGCGGGUAAAGGUGAUAAUAUUCAAAGCUGCUCAUACAGAUUCAUGCCACCAGAAACCUUGAUAUGCAGCAACAUUCUACAAGUAGAAUCCGCUAUUCCCUCGAAAUUGAUCACGAUCAGCAUACAUACAACUUUACACGUCAAUGGUCCGUAUCCGGCUUUACAGCACCUCUGAAAUUGGAAUCCUGGACUGACUACAAAUAUGGAGACAUUGUACAGACUCAAAUAUCUCUCCCACGGUCUCUUCGCCAAAUUUCCUGAACCAUUCAUACCUCCACUACGAUUCAUUCUUGCCCCACGACUUCCCCACCAAUUUGCUUUUUCACGUCAUCUAUUUCCUUCUCUCGCCGCAGACUCGUCUGCCUCGCUCCCUAGGCUGCUUCGACUGAAGGCAGGGAGGGAUAUCAAGGUUACUAUUUGUUGAGCUCACGUCGCUACAUAACCUUACUCACAUUUAUCUCAACAAUGAAC